GAAACUCAGUGUGAAAAGGAGCGCAAGAUAGCGAGCUCUGCAGCCGUUCCAAACAUCUACAUACCMGCUUGCGACAACCAGGGAAACUUUGUUGCAACACAGUGUUUUGACCACGGUACAUAUGGGAAACAGUGCUGGUGCGUCGACAAAUCUGGACAGGAGAUCAAAGGAACAAGAACUCACGGAGGUUCUGAACCCACUUGUGAAAACGCUCAACCAGCUGUAGUCAAACCAAUGACUUGUGMUCAGGGACCUUAUGGAUGUUGUUCGGAUGGCCUUACACCGGCUAAGGGACCAAACAAAGAAGGGUGCCCUGUGGUACUACAGAAAACGACCCCCAAGCCAUCCAAAUGCAAAGAAGAACAAGCAAAGGCAUCAUUGGGUGUGAUGGAUAUUUUCAUUCCUGAGUGUAAACCCAAUGGACAGUACAAUGAGGUUCAAUGCUACACGUUUCCUGUUACCGGCAAGACCCAAUGUUGGUGUGUUGACGUCGACUCGGGCGUAGAGCAAGCAGGAACAAGACUUGAUGAAAGGCAGCCCAAUUGUCUGCAAAGUACCACGACUAGUGCUCCAGUCACGACCCCUGCUGUUCCUCCWGCGCUUAUUGUAUGCGUGGUGACUGUAUACAGGUGCUGUCCCGAUGGGGUUACUGCAGCMAAAGGACCAAACAACCAAGGCUGUCCUGUACUMACUACGCCUCCUCCUGUACCACUGGAAACCAGUCCAACAGUACCUCCAG